GUUCAGAAAAAGAGAUCGUUUAAUUUUGAGUUUCCUCAUUUUUGUUUAUUUUGUUCCGAGCAAAGCCAAAAGAGAAGCGAAGAUGGCCGACAACUCCAAUCAGAUGAGCUUCCAAGCUGGCGAGGCCAAGGGCCAAGCUCAGGAGAAGUCAAGUCAGAUGGUGGAUAAGGUAUGCGAUACCGCUCAAUCAGUCAAGGAAUCAUGCCAAGAGGCUGGCCAGCAAAUGAAAGCUAAGGCAGAGGGGGCAGCUGAUGCUACGAAGGACGCCACCGGCAUGAACAAGUGAAAGGAAUUAAAGCCCGGCUUUAUGCUG